AUGGCACUCAUCCAGACUUCCCUUAUCUGGGUCGCAUAUGCUGUCGCACUUGCAAUCCUGCUGGUCGUAGCAUCCAUCUUCGUCUACCUCUACCAGGCCCCUCGCGAACGCUCUGCCGUCGUCUCCAUCGUCUGCAUCAUCACCGUGCUCUCUCUACUGGCUACCGUCCUCCUGCUGCCCGUCGAUGUAGCUUUAGUAUCUUCGACUACUUCAUCUAAGCUCGGAAAGAAGAAAGACUGGGCUACUCCUGACGCUGUCGACAACAUCCUGUUCCAGCUCAAGAUCGUCUACUACACUCUUUACAGCCUUGACGCUGUCCUUUGCUUGAUCGUCGUUCCCUUUACCUACUUCUGGUACGAAGAACGUGAUGAGGUAGCUGCCGAGGAGGGCACCCAGACUGCUGCCGCCCGUCUUUGGGGUGCUUUCAAGUACACAAUCGCCUUCAUUCUGUUUGUUGUCAUCAUCUUCCUCGUAGGCUUCUUCGUACCUGUUGCCAAGAACAGGCCUCAGAAGCAUCUUGACCUCGACUUCUUCAAGGAUCUCUUGGCCGAGAAUCAUGGAGAACGUGCCUUGACUUUCUGCGUUGGUCUUCUCUUGACCCUCGGAACGCUUUUGUACUGCAUCUAUACGGCUCCUGGCUUGGCCCUCCUUCCCUUGACCCUCAUCAAGACAGCUCCUCGCAUCUCUGCCCCUACAUUGGCUGCCAACACUUCAUCUCAGCUAACACAGAACCGCGAGCGCCAGAGACAGCUCGAGAACCGCAACGAGGGCCGUGACAGCGGUCUCGACACUCGCGAUCGUCGUGAACUCGAAGCUCUCAUUCGCGAGGAACGCACGCUCGUUCGCCGUGAACGUCUCGCUGCUGAAGACAUGGGUGAAGGCUCAAACUGGUUCAUCCGUGUGUGGCUCAAGACCGAAGCCAUCUUCAGACCCCUGAAACUCCUCGGUGGUCUUCUGCUCAUCGUGAUCAUCCUCAUCGUCUGGGCCAGCAUGCUGGUCACCGGCGUUGACAAGAUCAAAAACUCUGUGUGCAAGACUGGUUGUGGAUAUCUGCUUGGUCACAACAAGAUCUUCCAGCCCAUCAACUGGCUCUUCGUCGUCACCUCAAAGGUCUUCCCCAUCGACUAUGUCAUUUUCCUUCUUUUGACCCUUCUAUUCUUUGCCGGAUCAGUUGUCGGUAUUGCCACGAUCGGUAUCCGCUUCUUGUGGGUCAGUUUGUUCAAGAUUCGCAAGGGUCACACUGCUCCGCAAGCCCUUCUUAUGGGAACUGUCAUGCUCACCUUGAUCGUAUUCGCCAUCAACUACGCUGUCGCGAUGAUGGUCGCUCCUCAAUAUGCCACCUUCGGCCCUCAGACCUACUGCGACAGACCUACCCACCACCCCGAUGCGCAGCCAGACUGUAGCAACCACCACAGCGCUAUUCGCUCUUGUCGCGAGGCUGCUGACAACCCGGUCGCUCGUAUGGUCUGCACGCCCUCGGUAGUCAGUUCCUUUUUGAACCGCAUCACCAUCAACUUCCCCUUCUUCGGACUUGUCGAUUUCUGGGCUCAAUUUGCUUUCCUUGGCAUCUUCUUCAUUGUGUUUGUCGUCAUGCUGUUCCGCACUCCCCGUCUUGAUGAGGAGCAACUCGACGAUGACCUUGCCGAAGAGGAAGAAGAAGGCCUCCUUGCCAGCACUGGUCGUCGUUUCGGCGCCACUUGGUCUGAUAUCACCGGUCGUGCUACUGGUGUGAAGCGCGUCGGUGCCGAUUAUGGCACUCGUGGAGGGCCUUCUGAUGAGUGA